AUGCUGAGAAUCUCGAAUCUUUCGACAUCUUCUAGAUAUGAGCCAGUGACAAGAUUAUGGCUUCAAUUACGUUGUUUCUGUUCACCUUCUCCAUCAUCGUCGUCGUCUUCUUCGCUUUCAGUGCCUAGCGAUGAUCAUAUCGUCCGUCUCAUUUUAGACCAGAAAUCACCUUCAGGAGCUCUAGAAACUUUCCAAUGGGCUUCAACUUUCCCUGGCUUUACCCAUUCUCGUUCCACAUACCGUGCUCUGUUUCACAAGCUCUGCAUUUUCCGGCGUUUCGAAACUGUCUACCAGAUGCUCGACGAAAUGCCUGAAUCGAUUGGUUUGCCUCCGGAUGAUUCCAUCUUCGUAACUAUCGUCCGAGGGUUAGGGCGCGCUAGAUUAACCAAACGUGUGAUCAAUGUCGUUGAUCUUGUUUCGAGAUUCGGGAUCAAACCACCGUCUCUGAAAGUUUUCAAUUCGAUUCUCGAUGUUCUAGUGAAGGAAGAUAUCGACAUAGCCAGAGAGUUUUUCAGAAGGAAGAUGAUGGCGAGUGGAGUCCAAGGUGAUGAGUACACUUACGGGAUUCUGAUGAAAGGUCUUUGCUUGACGAACAGGAUCGGUGACGGUUUCAAGCUUCUUCAGAUCAUGAAGACGCGAGGCGUGGCUCCAAACACAGUGAUAUACAACACUUUGCUUCACGCUCUUUGCAAGAACGGGAAAGUCGGGAGAGCGAGGAGCUUGAUGAGUGAAAUGAAGCAACCGAAUGAUGUGACUUUCAACAUCUUGAUAUCUGCUUACUGCAACGAGAAGAAGCUGAUUCAGUCGUUGGCGCUGCUGGAGAAAUGCUUCGGUUUGGGAUUUGUUCCUGAUGUUGUCACGGUAACGAAGGUGAUGGAAGUUCUCUGCGAGGAAGGACGUGUCACCGAGGCGCUCGAGGUGGUGGAGAGAGUUGAAAACAGAGGAGGUAAAGUCGAUGUCGUUGCUUGUAACACAUUGGUGAGAGGGUAUUGUAAGGUAGGGAAAGUGAGAGUUGCUCAACGGUUCUUUGAGGAGAUGGAGAGGAAAGGUUACUUGCCUAACGUGGAAACAUACAAUCUGUUGAUUGCUGGGUUUUGUAAUGUUGGAAUGUUGGACUCAGCUCUUGACACUUUUGAGGAUAUGAAAACUGAUGCUGUUAGAUGGAACUUUGCUACGUUUGACACGUUGAUCAGAGGGAUGUCGUUAGGAGGGAGGACGGAGGAUGCGAUAAAGGUGUUAGAGCUGAUGCAGGAGAGUGAAAGUGUUCGUGGGGAGAGAGUUGGUACGUAUAAUAGUGUGAUCUAUGGGUUUUACAAGGAGAACCGUUGGGAGGAAGCUCUGGAGUUUCUGGUGGAGAUGGAGAAACUGUUUCCAAGAGCUGUUGAGAGGAGCUUUGAGUUGAUAAGUUUAUGCGAGAAAGGAAGUGUGGAUGAUGUUAAGACGGCGUAUGAUCGGAUGAUUGGAGAAGGAGGAGUUCCUAAUGUUGUGGUAUCUCAUUGCUUGAUUCAUAGAUACAGCCAAGAAGGGUACAUGGAAGAAGCUCUUGAGCUUGUCAACGACUUGGUGACCAGAGGCUAUUUGCCUCAGUCGUUAACAUUCAAUGCUGUGAUUCUCGGGUUCUGUAAGAAAGAUAGAGUCGUGAAUGGGAUUAAGUUUGUGGAAGACAUGGCUGAGAGAGGAUGUGUACCUGAUGGAGAUAGCUACAAUCCGUUGCUAGGAGAAUUGUGUGAAAUGGAAGAUUUUCAGAAUGCUUGGUUGCUUUUCUCAAGAAUGGUGGAGAAGAGUAUUGUCCCUGAUUCUUCAAUGUGGAGUUCAUUGAUGUAUUGUCUCAGCCAGAAAACAGAGAUCCACUCAAAGACCUUGUUGCAGGACAUAAUUGAAAGUUAA